GGAAGUUUUCCUGCAUUUUCAGCCCCAACCAAUCACCAUCCUCCCCUGAUCGCUAUCAACUCCCUUCCUUCUCGAGAAUGGCCGACCCGAAUGGCUUGGUAGAAACCGGACAAAGCAAUCCAUUGGAUGUCAUCUUGGCCACAGGUGGAUAUGAUAAUACGAUCAGAUUUUGGGAAGCUUGGUCUGGUAUCUGUGUUAAAAGUAUUAAUCAUCCUCAAAGUCAAAUCAAUCGUCUAGCCAUUUCUCCUGAUAAACGGCAUCUAGCAGUUGCCGGAAACGCACACGUUCGACUAUACGAUGUGGCUAUCGCCACGGCUUCCAAUCAUCCUGCACCGAAUCAAGGCGGCUCACAUGCCACAUCAACCAACGAUCAAACCCCACAACACCAACAACAAGCACAUGCUCAAACCGGAUUGCUUCAAAGCUUCCCUCAUAACGGGAACGUUACCAGUGUGGCAUGGCCAAAAGAAAGCAAAUGGUUUGUCACUGGAUGUGAGGAUGGAGCGAUGCGAAUAUGGGACACUCGGACCCCCGUUGCACAACGUACAUACGACCACAAAUGUGCGGUGAAUGAUAUCGCAAUCCAUCCAAACCAAGGUGAAAUCAUCUCGUGCGAUCAAUCUGGGGCUAUCAAGAUCUGGGACUUAGCUGCAGACUCAUGCACUCACGAAUUAUUCCCAGAAGAUGAUGUACCUCAAAGAAGUGUCAGCAUUGCAAGUGACAACAGCUGUCUAGUUGCGGGAAACAAUUCGGGUAAUGUAUUUCUCUGGAACAUCUCCACAUCAGGAGUUGGAGGAUACACGGAUCUCCAAGCAGAAGCAACAUUCGAAGCGCACAAACGAUACUGUCUGAAAGUUCUAUUAAGUCCAGAUGUUAGACUUCUAGCGACAUGUUCAGCAGAUACGACGAUCAAGAUAUGGUCAUUGACGCCGAACCAGCCUCCGAAGCUUGACAAGACGCUAUACGAUCACCAGCGAUGGGUCUGGGACCUGGCCUUCUCGGCCGAUUCGGCCUAUCUGGUCUCUGCAUCCUCCGACCAUUCCGCACGCCUUUGGGAACUCGCCUCCGGCCAGACCGUUCGACAGUACUCGGGACACUCCAAGCCUUGCGUCGCGGUUGCUUUAAAUGAUAUCAACGUCGUCUGAAACUUCAAACAUCGACGUUCAAUAAUUGAAUGAAUGUAGUAUACCAAAGAGGUUGUAAAUUAUACCGUAGCAAUAGGCACAAAUCAAUAUCCCAUCAUGCUUAGGUUAAAAAGGGUUGCGAAGAAAAGCGGGAAUGCAGAUUUAU